AUGGACCAAUUGGCGUCCCAGCUUGGAAGUGCUGAACUUCAGGCUCUCAUUGCCGCAUUGCCACACGAUUUGACAAUUAACCCAGCUACGAGUAAACAAUCCUCCAGUUCGAGUAGUGAUCUAUCUGCUUCCAACUCAUCUUCCUGUAUCUUCCCUCCACUAAGUGAUAUGACUGCUCUUUCAAUGCUUUCCUUAGGAGCCUAUCCUGGUCUUUUCCCUGGAUUUCCACUACUUUCCCUUCCAUAUUUGAGCCUUCCUCCAAAUUCUACUAUCGACUCUUUGGGUCUUAUCAACUCUGCUAUUUAUCAACAACAAAAAGAUGCUCAAGCUGCAAUGUGUGCUCCAUCAAACGCCCUGGCAGCUACACUUGCUGCUGACGGUCGUCCACGUGCAUUCUCUAGUGCUGCCACGUUGCAACAUGUGAAGGAUCAAGAGAAACGUCGCAAACGUACCCGAAAGUGUGAACCAGCUCUCCCAAUUACCACGAGCACUAUCACUUGCUCCUCAAGCUCAUCUCCUUCCUCGAGCUCCACGAUGACUUCUGUACUUCGUACAUUAGUAGAAGAUGAUGAUGCUGAAGUACAUCCAAACAAAGUUCGUCCGAUUCAAGUCACCCCAGAAGAGGAAGAACAAGUUAGAAAAAAGACUGCUGAAUUGCUCAAAGCCAUGCCAAAGCAAUCCCUCGAACCAGAAGUCAGCUCAAACGGUCCACUCCGUCGUUUGAUUCGAGACGAAGAUCUUCCAGAUGAAGUCGGACCAGACUCUCCAUUCCGUCACUAUCCGAAGUAUCAGCAGAAACCCCGUUCACAACUAGUCAUGCUACAAGGAAUCCAAGCAGCCGUCGCCUGUAUGUGUAUAGAAGCUUUUCAACUAAACGAUAAAACUGAUGAGGAGAAAAACGCUCUUCGUCAGAAACAACGAGGCCUGUCGCUGGACGAUUUGGUCAAAGAGACGGUUCGCCAGGAACUCAUAGCUGCUGAAUAG